AGAUGUCACAAACCCAGAUGACAAAUAAUUGGGCUCUAAUUUCCGAUGGGUCUUUUCUUGUAAUUCCAAUAAUUAAUUUGUGUUACGAUAAAUUUGUUUGGGGUUCAAUUCAAUCAAUCAUCAAAUUUUAACCCAACCUUAAUAUUGAUGGGACUUUUAUAAGUAAUUUUGCAUCAUUUACUUAUUGAAGUUAUAUAUAUAUAAUUCAUUUAUUCUGUUAACCCUUUGUUACAGUGUUUUUGUUAGUGGGGGUUUGUGGUGCGAAACGAUUUAGCAACAACAACAACAGCAGCAACCUCUAAGGCAACAUGGAGUUUAACAGCCAAUCAUCAUCCAUCAAUGACGGUGGCAAAAAGAAACGGAAUAGACCGAGCUUAGUAUGUGUGGUAUGUAAGAAGAGAAAGAUUAAAUGUGAUAAGGGUAAACCUUGUUCAUCAUGUGUUCGAAAGAAGAUUGAAAGUUCAUGUAUUUAUGAAGACAUCCCUAUACCAACCAGAAGUAGAAAACGUUCUAAACUUAAUAAAAAGGAAAAAACUCAUCCUAGUCCUUCUUCAAGUGAUCUGAAUCAACAUGAUGAAUAUGAUGAUCAUGAUCAUGAUCAUGAUCGUGAUGAAGAUGUUGGUGAUCAUUUAGAUGAAAAUGAAGAAUAUACUGGUGUAAGAACAUCAUCAAUAUCAUCAUCUGACAAAUCAAGAGUAAUCAGUCGGACUAACAUGUUUGAUCAUCUUGACUCCAGUAUUAGCCCUGUAAAUAAUAAUAAUAAUACCAAUGCUGAUAGUGCCAAAGCUUCUAAAACAGAUUCAUCGUUAGUGUUAGUAUCAAAAGCGGAAUUAGACGAAUUAAGAGCCAAAGUUCAACGUUAUUCCUUAGGUUUGAUAUCUCCUGCUCGUUCCGAAACAUCAUUAAAUGAAUCAUCCUACAAUAAUCAACCUCCAUCCGGCCAAUCAACUGCACCCACUUCCAUCGUAUCAAGUCCUGGUUCAGGCCAUUAUUUGAAUAAAUUCAUGAGUCAAGAUCGAUUAAUGUUAUUACAAUGUCAUGAUGUAACUUUACCUGGUCUUGUCCCUGAUAAAGAAUUACAAUGUCGUAAUGAGUUCUAUUUCAAAAAUAAAUUUCAAACUGAUGUAGUACGUAAGAUUGCCCUUAAAGAUAUUCCAAUGCCUGAUAAUUCACCUCAAUCUAUAGCUGCAUAUGCCGUGGGUAUAAAUCCUUAUGAUAGUGAAAGUGAUACCAUUAAUUUUUAUGAAGAUUAUGAUCCUAUUCAUAUAAAAAGUCAAGAUAAAAGAGUUAGUUAUGGUCCAUUAGCAUGGGCUUCAAUACAAAGAAAAGAUCAUACUUUAAGUUUAUUAAAACGAUAUACUUCAUCUCCUAAAUUCAAAGAGAUGUUCGCCAUAAAACAUCAACUGAAACAACCAUCGGUAGCUCCAAGCAUAUCAAAAGAACCAACCGUAGCAGCUACUUCGACCUUAAAUACCACAUCAGAAACAAAUCAAAAUUAUGAUACUAAAUGUGUAUUAGUUCAAAACCCAGCUAAAGAACAUCAACGAGCAUUAAAUUUAGAUGGAAGUCAAUUACCUCAUUUUUCAAAAAAAAUACUAGAAGAAGAUGAUGAAAUGGUUCCAUAUGAAAUUAAAAAGGAUCAUCAACCUGAACUGAAGGAACAAUCAGAAUCAGAAUAUUUAGGCGUUUACGAUAAGAAACCAGCGGUAUUGGCUAAAAAGACCUUAAAUCUUAAUAAUAAAUUCAUUGAAGAUCGUGUUUUAACUUUAGGUUUGACUAUUCUUGAUGGCGAUAGACUUGAUGGAGAAUUGAAAUUGAUUGAACAAAUCCAAAGAUUGAUACCUAAACGUAAAGUAAUCUGGAUCUUGGUUAAGCGAUUCUUUAGAUUGGUUUAUCCUUAUUUCCCAUAUAUUGAUGAAAGUGAUUUCCGUAAUAAACUUCAAGAAAUCAUAGGGAAAGAAUCGGUGUUUGAUGACGCCAAACCAACCGUUAAAGUUCAGAAAAAGACCGAUUUUGCUCAUCUUGGUAUAUUGUUUGUGGUUUUAAGACUUGCAUAUUUAUCAUUAUUCUUUAAUAAGAGUUCAAUUAAUGAAACUAUCUUAAGUAAAACUGAACUGUUAACUCCUGAAGAAGAUGAACGGAAAUAUUUAUUAUUAAAUCCAAUCAAUUUAUGUUCUAUUGAAGUUGCUCAAACUUGUUUACAUCAAUUUCAAUUAUUACGUAAAUUAAGUUUACCCAUUCUACAAAUUGCAUUAUACUUAAGAAUAUAUCAUCGAUUAGCCCCUGAGGAUGGGGAUGGAUUAGAUGGAGGUGAUAGUCAAGUCUACAAUGGAAUGUUAAUUCAAAUGGCUUAUUCAAUGGGUCUUAAUCGUGAACCCACAAAAUAUAUGACUGACGAAAAAACUAAUAAUUUAUGUCGAAAGAUUUGGUAUUUCUUAUGUAUCAAUGAUUUCACUCAAGCUUUUACAUUUGGAUAUCCCUUAACUACUAAUAAAAUGUAUUAUGAUACAAAGGCUCCUCGUUAUGGUACAGAUAAUUUUAAUUUAAAUGAUCAAGAAUUAGAAAAGGCCACCAUAACAUUAUUCAAGUAUGGUGAAGCAUUAAUCAAAGGUCCAAUGAGUAAUUUAUUGGAAAGUAUUUUAAAUAUCGAUAAACAAAUUAAAAUGUCGGAAUUAACUGAACUUUUAAAUCAUUUUGAAGCAGGUGUAAGAGGUAUAUUUGGUACUGUUCAUGAUUAUGUGAAUCGAUUAGAAUCAACUGAUGUUACUUAUAGAUCUACGAAGAUUAUGAAAACCACGGCUAUAAUAAGUUUGAAUGCAUUCUUUGUGUCGAUAUAUUUCCAAUUGGGUGCUUAUUAUGAUAAAAAGAAAAACCAUGAAUUAAGUUUCUUUUAUUUAAAGAAAUUAACUUCAGUAACGAUUGGAGAAAUGAUUCCAAGUUUCUUAUCACUUAUUAUUAGAAGUCAAGAAAAUUUCGGAGAAGGAGCUGAUUUAGUUAUAAAUCCCGGUAUCAUUCAAGCUAUUCAAAGAACUUGUGAAGUUAUUGUUAUAAGUUUGGUUAAAUAUAAUUUAUGGAUUUAUAAAUCAUGUACUUCUCCAGAUCAUAAAUCAAAGUAUAGUUCCGAUGCCAAGUAUAGAACUUAUUUUGAUUCCAUGUGUUUAUAUGUUAAUGUCUUGGAAAAAUGUUGUAAAAUAUGCUUAGCCGCUGCUAUGGUUAUGAGUGGAAGAUAUUAUUAUGCAUGGGCCAUAACUAAGAUUCAUGGAUUCUUUUUAAAGAUUGUUAAUGGAGCUGAAUUUUAUGAAACUCAUAAGGAUGCUGAAUUAUAUUUCAAUCCUCCUACAUUGGAUCAAUUAGAUGAAUUAUAUAAAAUUGGACAAAUUUCAAUUACUACCUUAGGUACAAGAGCCAGAAGAGGUCCAAAACGUUGUGAUAAUCCUGAAUUUCAGGAAUUAUAUACUAUUGAUCCAAAGCAAAAGCCAAGUAUACUUAAGGAUUUCGAUGAUUCUUAUUUCUAUGUACCUGAAACUGUGAAUCCUAAUUAUAAUGCUAUGCCUUAUGGUACUGAUAUGCCCACCGCUGGAUCUAACUUUAAUGAUGCUGGAGGUGAUAUGCCAUUUGCUAGCACAACACCAUUAUCUGACUUUUCGAAUGGGGUACCGUUUGAUGAGCUUGAUUUAGACGAUUGUCCUGAAAUUGAUAGUGUAUGGUUACAAAUGCUUACACAGAAGGUAAAUCCAAAUUUAAGUUCAAUACCUUCUGAGUUUAAUGAUAUUAAUAUGAAUAAUGGAAAUUCAAACUAUGCAUCCAAUGGACUUAACAAUAGCAAUAGUUUUAAUAAUAAUACUAACAUAAACUUCAAUGCCAAUGGCAAUAACAAUGCUAACGUCAAUCCAACUCCAGCAGCUAAUAAUACUACUGCACCUGCAUAUCCUUCAUUAUCUAAAUCUGAACAAUCUGCUACACCAGCAGCAGCAGCUAAUGGUAACACUGCAACGUUCGACUUCAAUUCAUCGAGUUUCCCUAACUAUCAACUAUUUGAAACUGCAUUUACUGAUAUAGCUGAUGGUAGUUUUGAUUUUUUCACUGAUACAGUUGACAAACUCUUGAAUUAAACCUCUUCUUUCUUUCUUUCUUUUUGUUGUUUAUUAUUUAUUAUUUAUUAUCUAUUUGUGUAUUUAUGACGUAACUCUGAUCAUGGUAAAAAUAUAUGAUUGUGUUUCUGGUAAAACUAGGCUUUAAUCUCUAGGUAUUGUUCAUUAUGUAUAUCCGGAGAGGCUUGUCGCAGACCUCGGAGUUAGUCCUGCCGGAAUUUCCCAGUUGGGAUUUGUAAUCUUCCUAUUU